ACUCAUCUGUCAAAGGCGUUUUUAAGUUGGCAGUUGCUGUCACAAAAUUAUUUUUCUUUUUAAAUGAAGUAGUACAAUUAUUUCGUUAGAAAACUAUGUGUUAAGAGAAAAAAGUGUGCAACAAUAGAUUAAUAAAAUGCUUGAGCCGCGAGAUGUAGCCGAGAAAAAAUUAAAUGCUGAAACUCACCGCUUAAUUGGGGAAGUACAGUUGCUGCAGUAUGGUAAUUUUCUAGAUAAAUACAGCGCUGAAUUAGAUAAUUUCAAAGAUACGUUAGCCAAUAACUCAAAUGUGCGCUUGGAACCAAUUUUACUACAGAGCUUGAAAACCGAAAGUAUAUCAUUGUUACAUUUAGUGCAUUCUGAUAAUAAAUUGCUGAGUCGAAUUUUGGCAAGUUUAGCGGCGGUUUGCGAGGAAAUUAAUUUGUUAGUUGAGGAGGCUCGUGGUUAUUACAGCAUUUUUGUUUUCUAUGGAGAAGGAAAAAAUACAACAUGGGAGAAUUUACAAUCAGCGUCUUCCAUUGUUGAAGUUUUACAAAAAAUUCAUUGUUUUGUUGAGCGUUGCCAUCAAGUUAUUAAUUUGUUAUUCCAACAGUUAUGCGCGAUUUUGGGUAGAGAAUACAAUACCAUAAGUUCUGGUGCAUGUUUUCCUGAAUUGUUGGAUUGUUUAGCUGAGUUAUUAGUUUGUUUGUUGACUUUUGAUAGUUUAUUUUCGUCCCACAGCUUGUUAAAAGAUCAUUGGUUACUUUAUUGGCGCUCUAUUAAGGGCAUUGUACAUAAUCCUUCCAAAUAUCAAAUGACCCGCGAACAAGUUCGAUCUCUUGAUAAACACCUAGCUAAUAUUGAUAACACCCUUCUAACAGGAAAUAUUUUCAAGAACGCACUAGACAAAUGCAUCGACGAAAAAAUUAUUUUAACUAUAAAAAACAGCAGUCUUUCAAACGAAAUUUCCGCAUAUAUUAGUCAGUUGUUAAACGAGUUAGAAAAAGAUGAAGAAAAUAUAUUUUUUACGCAAGUUUGGCUACAAGUGAACGCACUCGUAGUCUUGGAACAUUACUUGUUUGGUGCCACUGACAAAAAAUUAGUCAAGAGAUUGUUAGAAGUCAAUAAAAAGGCAUCUGCUUGUACACUCUGCGGAAAUAUUUUAUGGUACCCGGAACAUUUCCUGUUAAAACAUAUACCUUCGUUGAGUAAAUUUAUAGACGAAAGAACUGUAGAUAACAUUAGACUCACAAAAAUCGCCUUGAGAAGCCAAAGCUUGCCCAAAGAAUCGCAUCUGUUGUCUUUACAGGCUUGUCACUGGAUGAUAGAAAUCGAUCGACUAACCCAAAAAAAUUUAACAAGUUUUGAAGUGAAACAUUUGCAAGAAACGUCCAAUUUGUUGAUUGAAGGGAUUAAGUUAGUUAAAAAAAUCAGCGAAGUGGUCAAGUGGAUAACAAAUCUACAUGCUGAUAAAGGGCGGCCUAUGGCAAAGUCCGUGCUCUUGGCGCUUUGCCGCCUCGUUGAAAUACUGAAAUGUUUUCAGUUCAUUUUUCAUAAGAAGUUGUUGCCGCUUGUGUACAUCAUUUCAUUAAUUUCGCAACAUUUAUCACACAAAGCGUUAACUUUGCUACGACAUAUUCGUAAAAGCUUAACUCAGGAAAAAUCGUAUAAAGAACAACAGUUGGACGUUUUGUCAGCUCUGAGUGUUUGCGAGCAAAAUUUAAAAGGGCCAAACACGAGCCAACGAAUUUUAAUAGCGAAAUUGUCUUUGUCGGCUAGUGGGUUAUCCUACGAUCAUUUAACUGAGAUAAGGUCUGUGAUAAACCGUUUAGAGUUAAUUUGUUGUGUACAUUCUAUAUUAAAUCGACUAUGUGAUUGCUCUUUUUUAUAUUGGCACCAGAUUUAUAUGUUGCCUGUAUAUUUUUCAAAACUGAUUGAAACCAAAGCUGACCUAUCUAGAUAUUAUUUAAUACUCAGUGCUUUAAGUGAUUGUGCUCUUAUUGCCGGAGAAAAAGUCUCCGCAUCGACUGACACCUGUCUUAAGAAAGACUUAUUUGGACCGUUAAAUCAAAUUGUUGAAACUAAUUUGCGCCUUCAAACACAUCUACAUUUACAACUACCUCCAUCCGACCCGUUCAAAAACACGCUUUCUUUGAACUUUUCCAAAUUUAGCCCUGCCAGAAUGGAUAAGUAUUACAUUAGUAUAAAAAAAGAAACCGAACAUUAUUUGAGCACCAUGUUCUAUAACCUUACAACGGUGGUUUUACACGAUUGGAAAACCUACGGCGAAAUGAGAAGACUGGCGCGACUUCAAUAUAGCUUGGAAACCGUAGAAGACAAUCUUCCAAUGCAAACACUUGAACAAGGCCUCGAUGUUUUGGAAAUCAUGCGGAAUAUUAAUGUUUUCGUUGGGAAAUAUCUCUACAAUCUGAACAAUCAAGUGUUCGUAGAGGAAUCGAGCAAUAACAAACAUUUGAACACGAUUAAUAUUUCCCACGUUGCUAACUCCAUCCGCACGCAUGGAAUAGGUAUCAUGAACACAACGGUAAAUUUUACCUACCAGUUUUUGCAAAAGAAGUUUUAUAUUUUUUCGCAAUUUAUGUUCGACGAGCACAUAAAGUCGCGCUUAUUGAAGGAUAUGCGUUUUUUCUCCGAACAUAAGGUGGAUUUGAUUCAGAUGUAUCCGUACGAGCGCGCGGACAAGUUCAAUAUCGGGAUCAGAAACCUGGGUUUGAAUGAAACGGGUCUGAGUUACUUGGACCUUUUUAGGAAACUGAUAACCCAGAUUGGUAACGCGAUGGGGUACGUCCGAUUGAUUCGGUCGGGUGGUCGCCGAUUUUUAGCCGAUAGCACUUGUUUUAUCCCCAACCUUAAAGAAAUCGACCAACUCAAUGAGCUUAUAACUCAAGAAGAACCCUCAGAAUUAACGAAAAAAGCGGCGAACUGUUUCAUGAGUGAUAUAAAGAACCUAGUUGAAAAUUUUGAGGAAGCAACAGAGUAUUUUAAACUACUUGUUAAAGUUUUUAUACCAGUUUUCAGAAAUCCUAGUAAUAUACACUUGAAGAAUUUUUAUAUAAUCGUGCCACCGUUGACAAUAAAUUUUGUUGAACAUUCUUUAACAUGUAAGGAAAGGUUGAAUAAAAAGAAUAAAAACGAUGCUGCAUUCACCAAUGAUGGAUUCGUUAUUGGACUCGCCUACAUCAUCGAACUUUUGGGACAAGAAAGCCAAUUAAACUCGCUACAUUGGUUCCAUUCAGUUCAAGCGAAAUUCGAGCAAGACAAAAAGAAAAUCGAGGAACAAAAAGCUGUCGCCAGUAAACAAGAUGAUAAAUUGCAGCAAACUUUGCAAUUGUCAGAAAAGAGGAUUAAUUCGUUCGAACGCGAAUUCCGCCUACUCUAUUAUAGCUUCAGCAGUGCCAGAAUCUUUUUUCAAACAUGAUCAUGCUUGUGCAGUCAACUAUCGAUAACCACAAAUACGACUUUAGUGCAAUUAUAAGCAUACUUCAUAUAUACAUUCCAUUUUUGUUUGGCAUUCUUUUUAUAUUUUAUCAAACACCAAUGUUUUGUGUACGCUUUUUAAAAUAAAAUACGUAUGUUUCGUAAA